CAAGAAAAAGCGCAGCUGGGAGGAGUAAACCCCACCUCGUCUCCCUUUUCCUCAGCUAAUCACAGAGCUGCCUGGAUACGGCCUCGCUCUAGAAGGUCAUCGUGAGUGUCAUAAAUACUCCUCAUGCAUGGUGAGUUGUGCUUGUGAUAGAAUACAUAGCAGGGUAAAAUGUGCUGCACAGCAGCAGCUGGGAGAGAGAGGAGUGAAAAAGGGUGAGAGAAACAACCCUGCAGUCACCAAGCCCAUGGAGGUCCACGGCAGAGCAGAGAUCCACCUGCAGCCUGUGGAGGACCCCACGCCAGACAAUAAAGAAUCCUGCGACAGUUUUAGCACCCCAGAAGGGACUUGGGCAACUCACUUGGCUACACCAGCGAGUCAAUGCGAGUCAAUGACCCACUGAUGGCAAAAGGUGAGUUCACCUGGGGAAUCUGAGCGUGGGGGGUACCAUUUGGACAGAUCAUUUUUUUGCAGCAAGGAGGUGAGAGUUAAUAAUAAUGAGGACCAGACACAGUAUAGUGAAAGGUUCACCUUUACGUGAAUUGCUAACCAGUUGGGUGAAAAUAAAUGGAACCUGUGGGUUAUCUAAGAAAAGAGCACUGGAACUGCAUCCGAAUACCUGGCCCACAUUGCCAAUUGGUGGAAUUGCAAGCCAACGGUGGCCUGAGGUGGGAAGUUUUGAUUAUAAUAGGCUGUAUUUUUUUGUGGCUCAAAUUGGAAGAACAGUUCCCAGGGCAAAUGCAUUAUCGGUAUACUUGAAAUAGUUAUGUCUGGCAAUGGAAACUUCCCCCUCCACAAGGGAACCAAUCUCAUGAUUCCUGUCAGAAUGGGGAAUUUGUUCAAACCUGUCCUAGGUUGACUAUAUGAUGCUUUUAUCCCCAAUCGUCUCAUUCCAUUUAUGCUGAAUAGUAAGUUUUGCACCUUUAAGACUUGCUUCAAAGAUUGAGGGGGGGAGAGGAGGCGCGCAGUUUGUUUUCAGACACUGAACUCACUCCUACACAUUCCUGCUUCUGGACUGCGUGGUUCUGCGGAUGAACAGACGGCGGGACAGGGCUCUCUUUUUUUCUUGCUUUUUAGUUAGUUUAGCUAGCUGAGGCAAAGAAGUUCCCUGGACUGUGCUUUUUUUUCCUUUUUUUCCCCUUUCUCUGGACCUGUUCACACCUGCUCUGGACUGAACAACCGUAAGAGCACCAGCAGCUCGCAUCGGUGGGCCGGGCCGGGCCUGGGCCACGGCAUUUCCAGCGCUGGAGGGACUGAUAAGGGACUGAGUGAGCUGAACUGGAAUCUGGGGAGGGGACUUUCUGGGUUUGUCAUCUCCUUUGGAGCAGCAAGGGGUUUUAUUGUUUAAUAUUAAGUUUUCUUGUUUAAUAAACAGUUUUUUUCCACUUUUCUCCAAGGAAGUAUUUUCUCCUGGACUGGUUGGGGGAGGGGUGGUAGAAUCCGAUUUCCUAGGGGGGCCCUUUGAGGUUUCUCUCCCAAAUUUGCCCUGAACCAGGACAAACACAUAUAUUGGCGCCCAACACGUGGCUCGAGAAAGUGGAAAAAAGCAUUAUUGAUUGCAUGUUGGUUGUGCUUGCUCUGUAGUGAGUUAAAGCAGUCAGUAGCCAUGUUGCUUGAUUUCGUAAUGUCUCUUGGGGUGGAGGCCUUCAUGUGGUUCUGGUCUAUAAGCCUUUUUGAGGUUUCAAUACCUUUCUGGUCACUAGGAUUAUUGUCCCUAAGACGUAAGUUUCACAGUACAGGGGCACGGAUUGGAAUAGCUAUUUUGCUGGCCUUGGUGAUAAUGAUUUAUAGGGCAUUUACAAGGUUGCUGGAGUCUGCUUACAGUAUGUAUGGUGUAUGGUUUCUUCGUCCUACCCGGCGUCCUAGUUCCGGCAGUAUGUUUUGGGAAUUUAUUAGUAAUUGCACCCAGUUUGUUAGAGGAGGAGCAGGGAAUGAGACUUUCCAGCCUUUCAUUUCCUUCUUCUCCUCUGAAUCUGUUAUGUCACUUUUUGAGAAUGUUCAGUUUCCCCUGAAUGGUAAGGAGACCAUGUUUCUGGCUUUUAAUGUGGUAAGCUUCCUCUAUAUAGUCUGCAGCUUCUCUAGAAUGAGGGCUGAGAUGUCCAGAGGAGCUGACAAGACCCCUGACCCAGAAGUAGACUCAGGCAUGAAAAAUGAUGAGUGGUGUAGAGAAUGGGAAAAUAUGGGCCAAACCCUGAAGGAAUUUUCUGAUCCUGUAGACUGGGAUUUUCCAUGUGAACAAAUUCAGAACCCAGCUGAGGUGGGAAAAUACCUGAAAGAGAAAUGCCAUGGUGACUGUAAGGAAAAAAGUCUCAUUGCAAUAAGCUGGGCCCUGGCCUACGCUUAUCGCACCCUGCUAGAUAUUGUAGGGCAGCAGACAGAGGCAGGCAGGCAGGGAGAUAAAGCAGCAGCUACUCCAAUCACUCAGGCUGCAGCCAACACUCCAGCUGCUCAGGCUGGAGCUGAACUAGACAGUAAGCCUAAGCCACUGGCAGUUGCUGCAGGAAAGAAGCACACGAGCAAAACCAAUCGGCCAGUGACUGACAAUGAUGAUCCAGGGGAAGGACCCUCACCACCAACUACUGAUAAAAAGCCCAAAGUUAAUGAAACUGACACAGCCUCAGAAGCCAAUAUUGAGUCCUAUUCCCUGAAGGACCUUCGUGGCCUAAGGAAGGAUUAUACCCGGCGGCCUGAUGAAUCCAUAAUUAGUUGGUUAGUCCGUCUCUGGGAUGCUGCAGGUGAGGCUACAGUUUUGGAUGGUAGUGAAGCCAGGCAUUUGGGAUCCCUGUCACAUGAUCCUGUCAUUGACCAAGGAAUGAUGAGGGGGGCUAACCCUCACAGCCUCUGGGCACGGGUCCUGGGAAGUGUUGCACAAAGAUACCUGUGUGCAGACGAUCUCUAUAUGCAGCAAACACAGUGGAAGACCAUAGAGCAAGGGAUCCAACGCUUGAGGGAAAUGGCAGUGGCAGAGAUUGUCUUCUUGGAUGAUGUAAACACUGUAAAUCCAGACUUGGUACCAUGCACAUCUGUAAUGUGGAGAAAACUUGUACGACUCGGGCCACAUGAAUAUGCUUCUGCUCUAGCAAUAAUGAAGCGAGAUGAUGGUGAGGAGACCGUGCUGGAUAUGGCAAAGAAACUCCGAGCAUGUGCAGACGCUGUGCAUGGCCCGACACAUGCCAGAAUCGCAGCAGUGGAAACACGUCUGCAGAGGUUAGAGGAUAAGAUAGAGGAGAAUCACAAGAAGCUCAGAGAGGAGAUUAAGGAAGACCUUCUUCAAAUCUCAGCAGUACAGAUCAGAGGUUCUGGUGCCUAACGCAGACGCUCCCCAGAUGGAGAGAGAAGGUACACCCCACGAGCUGAGCUGUGGUUCUUCCUGCGUGAUUGUGGAGAAAACAUGAGGAGAUGGGAUGGAAAACCUACUGCUGCUCUGGUACAACGGGUGCGUGAACUGAAGACUCAGAGAGGAAGUUCCAAAGGGGAAGCAGCUCCAGUAGCCAGUAACCGAACUGUCAUAUAUGAUGAUAAUGACAAUAUUUUUGAUGCCCUUGAAGGAACCUCCAAGACAUAUGUCCAGGGAAAGAAGGAUAACCAGGCUUAGAGGGGCCCUGCCUCUAGCCAGGUAGAGGCUAGGGAAAACCGUGUUUUUUGGACUGUGUGGAUUCGUUGGCCUGGCACAUCUGAACCACAAGAAUACGAAGCUUUGGUCGACACUGGUGCACAAUGUACAUUAAUCCCAUCGAGACAUGUGGGGGCAGAGUCUGUUUCUAUUGCCAGUGUGACAGGGGGAUCCCAGGAUUUCACUUUGGUGGAAGCUGAGGUGAGCCUGACUGGAAAUGAGUGGAAGAAACACCCUAUUGUGACUGGCCCAGAGGCCCCAUGCAUUUUAGGCAUAGACUUCCUCCGAAGUGGGUAUUUCAAGGACCCAAAGGGAUUCAGAUGGGCAUUUGGAAUAGCUGCUGUAGAGGCAGAGGGCGUCAAGCAAUUGAACACCUUGCCUGGACUGUCAGAAGACCCAUCUGCAGUAGGACUUCUGAAGGUGGAAGAGCAACAGGUGCCAAUUGCCACCUCGAUAGUGCAUCACCGGCAGUAUCGGACGAAUCGAGAUGCCGUGAUCCCCAUUCACAAAAUGAUCCGUGAGCUGGAGAGCCAAGGGGUGGUCAGCAAGACCCACUCACCCUUCAACAGCCCCAUCUGGCCUGUGCGUAAAUCUGAGGGAGAAUGGAGAUUGACUGUGGACUACCGUGCCUUGAAUGAAGUGACUCCACCACUGAGCACUGCUGUGCCAGACAUGCUGGAACUCCAGUACGAGCUGGAGUCCAAGGCAGCGAAGUGGUAUGCCACUAUUGACAUUGCCGAUGCAUUUUUCUCCAUUCCUCUGGCAGCAGACUGCAGGCCUCAGUUUGCUUUCACCUGGAGGGGAGUGCAGUAUACCUGGAACCGACUGCCCCAGGGGUGGAAGCACAGCCCUACUAUCUGCCAUGGACUGAUCCAGAAUGUACUAGAAAAGGGUGAGGCUCCAGAACAUCUGCAAUACAUUGAUGACAUCAUUGUAUGGGGGAAGACGGCAGCAGAAGUGUUUGAGAAAGGAAGGGAAAUUAUCCAGAUUCUCCUGAAAGCCGGCUUCGCCAUCAUAAAGAGCAAAGUCAAGGGACCUGCUCAAGAGAUCCAGUUUCUGGGAGUGAAGUGGCAAGAUGGACGGCGUCAGAUUCCCACUGAUGUCAUCAACAAGAUCACAGCAAUGUCUCCACCAUCCAGCAAGAAGGAAACACAAGCUUUCCUAGGUGCCAUAAGCUUUUGAAGAAUGCACAUUCCUAGUACAGUCAGAUUGUGAGCCCUCUUUACCUGGUCACCCGUAAGAAGAACAAGUUCCACUGGGGCCCUGAGCAGCAACAAGCCUUCACCCAGAUCAAGCAGGAGAUCGCUCAUGCAGUUGCCCUUGGCCCAGUCAGGACAGGACCAGAGGUGAGGAAUGUGCUCUACUCUGCAGCCGGGAACCAUGGCUUGUCCUGGAGCCUUUGGCAGAAGGUGCCUGGGGAGACUCGAGUCCGACCACUUGGAUUUUGGAGUCGAAGCUACAGAGGAUCUGAAGCCAACUAUACCCCAACAGAGAAGGAAAUUUUAGCAGCCUAUGAAGGAGUCCAAGCUGCCUCAGAGGUAAUAGGCACUGAAGCACAACUCCUCCUGGCACCCCGACUACCACUACUGGGGUAGAUGUUCAAAGCAAAAGUUCCCUCUACGCACCAUGCCACCAGUGCCACAUGGAGCAAAUGGAUAGCUCUGAUCACACAGCGCGCCCAUAUUGGAAAACUGAAUCGCCCUGGGAUUCUGGAAAUAAUUACAAACUGGCCGGAAGGUGAAAACUUUGGUCUUGCUGAUAAAGAGGAAGAAGAAGUGACACGUGCUGAAGAAACUCCACCAUACAAUGAACUGCCAGUGGAAGAAACGCGCUACGCUCUUUUCACUGACGGUUCUUGUCGCACUGUGGGAAUGAAACGAAAGUGGAAAGCAGCCGUAUGGAGCCCCACACGACAGGUCGCUCAAGCUACCGAAGGAGAAGGUGGAUCAAGCCAACUUGCAGAGCUCAAGGCUGUUCAACUGGCCCUGGACAUUGCUGAGAGAGAGAAGUGGCCAAGGCUCUACCUUUACACUGAUUCAUGGAUGGUAGCCAAUGCUCUGUGGGGAUGGCUGGAGAGGUGGAAAAAAGCUAACUGGCAACGUAGAGGAAAACCGAUUUGGGCUGCCAAUGAGUGGAAAGACAUCGCUACUAGGGUAGGGAAGCUACCUGUGAAGGUCCGCCAUGUAGAUGCCCAUGUCCCCAAGAGCAGAGCUAAUGAGGAGCACCGACACAAUGAGCAGGUAGACCGGGCUGCAAAGAUAGAGGUGUCAAAGAUAGACCUAGAUUGGGAACACAAGGGAGAGUUAUUCCUAGCUCGGUGGGCCCACGACGCCUCAGGUCAUCAGGGUAGAGAUUCCACCUAUAAGUGGGCACGAGACCGAGGGGUGGAUCUAACCAUGGACAGUAUUUCUCAGGUUAUCCAUGACUGUGAGACGUGUGCUGCCAUCAAGCAAGCCAAGCGAGUGAAGCCCCUGUGGUAUGGUGGGCGGUGGUCCAAGUACAAGUAUGGGGAGGCCUGGCAGAUUGACUACAUCACACUGCCCCAAACACGCCAAGGCAAGCACUACGUGCUGACCAUGGUAGAAGCCACUACGGGAUGGCUGGAAACCUAUCCUGUGUCUCAUGCUACUGCCCGGAACACCAUCCUGGGUCUUGAAAAGCAAGUCCUGUGGAGACAUGGAACCCCUGAGCGGAUUGAGUCAGACAAUGGGACUCAUUUCAAGAACAGCCUUAUCAACACCUGGGCUAGGGAACAUGGCAUUGAGUGGAUGUACCAUAUUCCCUACCAUGCACCAGCUGCAGGGAAAGUGGAGAGGUACAAUGGACUGUUGAAAACAACUUUGAAAGCAUUAGGUGGGGGAUCUUUCAAAAACUGGGAGCAGCAUCUGGCAAAAGCCACCUGGCUAGUUAACACCCGAAGCUCUACUGACCGAGUGGGCCCUGCCCAAUCUGAGCCUUUGCAUAGAGUAGAUGGAGACAAAGUCCCAGUGGUACAUGUCAGAGGUUUAUUAGGGAAGACAGUUUGGAUCAAUUCUGCCUCGAGUACAGACAAACCCAUUCAUGGGGUUGUCUUUGCUCAGGGACCAGGUUCCACAUGGUGGAUAA